AUGCUAAUAGUUUGCACUUGACUACUAACCUAAAGGUUGGCAGUUCAAACCUACCCAGUGGCACCACAGAAGAAAGUCCUGGCAAUGUGCUUCCAUAAAGAUUACAGCCAAGAUGUCUCCCAAUGGCAGCUCCAAGCGGCAGUCUGAGGAGGAUCGGUUCCUGCAGGACUUCAGCUGUACUCUGUCGGCCAAGUCCUUGGCGCUCUUCUUCAGGAAUGCCUUCAUUGUGUCGGCCAUCCCCAUCUGGCUCUAUUGGCGAAUAUGGGACAUGGAUCUUAUUCAGUCUGCAGUUCUGUAUAGUGUGAUGACCCUAGUAAGCACCUACUUGGUAGCCUUUGCAUAUAAGAAUGCAAAAUUUGUUCUCAAGCACAAAGUAGCACAGAAGAGGGAGGAUGCUCUUCCCGAAGAAGUGACUCAGAAACUUUCUUAGGCUGACAAUAGAAAGAUGUCUCAGAAGGAGGAUGAAAGAAUCUUGUGGAAGAAGAACGAAGUUGCUGAGUAUGAAGCUACAACAUUUUCUAUCUUUUAUAACAACACCCUGUUCCUGUUCCUGGUCAUUGUUGCUUCCUUCUGUAUCCUAAAGAACUUUAACUCCACUGGGAACUACAUUUUGUCCAUUAGUGCAUCAUCAUUACUCAUUGCCCUCCUCCCCUGUCUACUGGCCCCAAGUAGACCAUGCGGCUCCCUGGCUCUGAGUCUCUGGGUGGCCUGUGGUAUAUGGAAAAGCAGCAGGGUGGUCCAGGUGGGCGACACACAAGAUGUUUUUAUAGUCUAG